AUGAAAGGCAUCGAUUUGCACGUGUGGAUGUGGUCGGGGCUCGAGGACAAAAGGCCGAGAACAAAGAGCCGCAAUCACACGGGUCUAAUGAAAAGACUAAAUACGUUUUGCCCCACCACCACACACAGCCCCUUGGACUCCGUGUCUCCCCCUGGCGGCCGCAGCCCUCCGCUCUCCCCGCCUCAGAGCCUCCCUCCUCCAGCCACUGCUCUCCGCCUGUCCCUCCUCCUCCACCACCGCCUCUUCGCACCACUGGAGCCCGGGCCUGAGCGCUUCUCUCCGGGCUCCUCUGCCUCGUUCCCCGCGGUCAUGAGGCGGAGGCAGAAGCGGCUCCUGCAGCUGUCCGCGCUCGCUCUUUGUGCGCUGCUUUUCCUGCCGAACGUGGGGCUAUGGGCGCUGUACCGGGACCGGGUCUUCGACACUGGAUCCACGGAGAACACUGCAGCUUUGGACCGGCUGGAGGCGCUGAAUGUGGCGGCGGUCAGAGAGGCUCCGCCCAGAAUCGACUGGCACGACUACGACGCCAUCAAGUGGGACGCGGCCAGAUCCGGUAACGGCGAGCAGGGCAAGGCCUUCCCUCUGAGCGACGCAGACCGAGUGGACCAGGCCUACAGAGAAAACGGAUUCAACAUCUACGUCAGCGACCGCAUCUCACUGAACAGGUCUCUGCCGGACAUCCGCCACCACAACUGUGGUCAGAAGUUGUACUGGGAGAAGCUGCCCAACUCCAGUGUGAUCAUCCCGUUCCAUAAUGAAGGCUGGUCGUCUCUGCUGCGGACCGUCCACAGCGUCCUGAACCGCUCGCCACCGCAGCUCAUCCACGAGGUCAUCCUGGUGGACGACUUCAGCGACAAAGAGCACCUGAAGGGGGCGCUGGAGGAGUACAUGCAGCGUUUCCCUAAAGUCCGGAUCCUGAGGACGAAGAAGAGAGAGGGUCUGAUCCGCACACGUCUGCUGGGAGCCGCGGCCGCCUCGGGGCAAGUCAUCACCUUCCUGGACUCUCACUGCGAGGCAAACGUCAACUGGCUCCCCCCACUGCUGGAUCGAAUCGCCACGAACAGGAAGACGAUCGUGUGUCCCAUGAUCGACGUCAUCGACCACGACCACUUUGGCUACGAGACUCAGGCCGGAGACGCCAUGAGGGGGGCCUUCGACUGGGAGAUGUACUACAAACGCAUCCCCAUCCCCCCAGAGCUGCAGCACGACGACCCCAGCGAGCCCUUCGAGUCCCCUGUUAUGGCUGGGGGCCUCUUUGCCGUGGACCGGAGCUGGUUCUGGGAGCUGGGAGGAUACGACACGGGUCUGGAGAUCUGGGGAGGAGAGCAGUACGAGAUCUCCUUCAAGGUCUGGAUGUGUGGCGGUCGCAUGGAGGACGUUCCCUGCUCCAGAGUCGGGCACAUCUACAGGAAGUACGUUCCAUAUAAGGUCCCAGGAGGAGUCAGCCUGGCCCGCAACCUGAAGCGUGUGGCCGAGGUCUGGAUGGAUGAAUACGCAGAGUACAUUUACCAGCGGCGGCCGGAGUACAGACACCUCUCAGCCGGAGACAUGACGGGGCAGAAGGAGCUCCGAGCCAAGCUCAACUGUAAAAACUUCAGAUGGUUCAUGAAGGAGGUGGCCUGGGACCUGCCCAAGCACUACCCCCCAGUGGAGCCCCCUGCAGCCGCCUGGGGAGAGAUCCGAAACGUGGCCAGUGGUCUGUGUCUGGAGACCAAACACCUGGUCUCGGGGAGUCCGAUCCGGCUGGACACCUGUGUGAGGGGCCGAGCUGAGACCGGCUGGGGACACGGACAGGUCUUCACGUUCGGCUGGAGGGAGGACAUCCGCGCUGGAGACCCUCUUCACACCAAGAAAGUCUGCUUCGACGCCGUGUCCCACAACAGCCCAGUGACGCUGUACGACUGCCACGGCAUGAAGGGCAACCAGCUCUGGAGAUACAGGAAGGACCUGAGCCUGUUCCAUCCGGUCAGCAGCAGCUGCAUCGACAGCAGUCCCACAGAGAGGAGAGUCUUCAUGAACACCUGUGACCCCCAGUCCCAGAGCCAGCACUGGGUCUUUGAGCGGACUAACGCCACAGUCCUGGACCACUUCAACAGAGACGACCCCCACUGA